AUGACAACAAAGACAACAAAAACCAAAAUCUUAUCUGCAUAUCAAUAUUACCAAAAAAAGAAAAUAAAAUGUACUCAACAACAACCAUGUCUCAAUUGUACAAAAUAUAAUGUUGAAUGUAUCACAUCUGCAAAAACAAAGAA